CAGCUGCUUUGGCCUCCCGGGGUUGCAGAUGCUAAUUUGGGAGCUGCUGGGCCCUGACCUUAUUGGAUGCCAGCAGCAGAAACAUGGGGCUCUGGAGCUUCCUCCUGGUGGCUCUCCUGGCUCUGGGGACUCAGCUGCCUGCUGCCUCUGGCUGGAAGAAGGGAGAGAAGUGGGGGAGCUGCCCGCCAGAUGAUGGGCCCUGCCUCCUGUCAGUGCCCGAUCAGUGCACUGGUGACAGCCAGUGUCCUUCAACCAAGAAGUGCUGCUACCGAGCUUGCUUCCGCCAGUGUGUCCCCAGGGUCUCAGUGAAGCUGGGGAGCUGCCCCGAGGACCGGCUGCACUGCCUCAGCCCCACCAGGCACAUGUGCAGCCAAGACUCCGACUGCAUGGGCAGGAAGCGGUGCUGUCGCAGCGCCUGUGGCCGGGACUGCAGAGACCCCGUCAGAGGCUGAUUGUGGCUGAAGACCUACAGUUCUGCAACUCAGGUGGGGUUCCCGGGGACGCUGGCACCCACAGCAACAUCUCUCCUGGAGGCAGUGUCAAUCUUCUGAUUAACUGACCUGCUGUCACCGCCCUGCAACCCGUGGCCUCUGGUUUGUCCUCCUGGAUGCCAAGGUCCACAGCCUGAAGUCCCAAGCUCUCCUCUUUGUCUCCCUAGCACCCGCGGCCACUACCACACUGAGCUUCCUCGCUCCUGAGUCCCAACCCUCACGUCUCUGUACGUUCUGUUUCCUCCACCAAAACGCCCAACUCAGGCAGGCCUGAGCCCACCUGCAGCCUCCAGAUGAAGUCCUCGCAGGAUUUUCCAAACGAUGGUCCAUUCCUAUAUCUUUUCCCAAUUUUUGCCACACCUGCAAACCAGCACCGUGACGUCUCACAUGCUGCCUCUACUGUGGACCUCAUGUCUUCUUUAAAUCACCCACUUUAAACUUAUUUCAAAAGAAAACUCGAUAUCACUGCUCUAAAUGAGAGGCGCAAGAUCACUGGCCACAAAUAGAAUGUAAUUGUGAAAACAAAUACAAUGAAAAUAGUUCAGGUCCAUUAAAUUAAAUCAUGUCCAAUAAAUCAGAUUAUUAAACUCGAGCUAGAUACGGCCACCCGCCAAGACUGAACCGGAAGCCUGCUCCCUGUCUCUGUUUUAAUAAAUGGAGAUCAGCAAGGGUUAAAGAGAUGCCAAAGACGCAGAUCUCGAACUGAGACAGCUCCCUGGUGUAAUCAGGAUCGAAAGAGCAGCACGGUCUCACUCCAAGCCAAUGUUGUGCAGUGUGGCGUCCAAGUGCUCAUUAAGAUCAUUGUGGAUUGCCCCACGUUCAGGGGAGUGUCUCCGGAGCAGCUGGGACGCCAGCUUUAUGGUGGCCCUGUCCUCAACCCUGGGCUGGGCUUCCCUGGGGCUGGUCUGUGGUCAGGGCCUGCUGAGGGUUUCCUGUAGGGGGAUGACAAGAACAUCCCUGAACCCAGACAGUUGGCUUCGGACUGUCUCCUCCCCAGGACUUGCCUUGGGAAGGGACAGAGGCAGGCACACUCUGCUGCUGUCUCUGCCGGGCCUCCUCUGCAUCCCGCUGGGCUCGGGAGUUGGCUGGUCAACUGUGAGGUGACCCUGGGAAACCUGGGUCUUCUUUCCCUGUUCUCUUGACCUUGAGGUUGAGUCCAGGUGAGCGGCCCACCACUCCGGGGCUUCUGUUGGUGCUGCUGGAAAGCGGACAGAACUGUCCUUCCUCAUUGCCACCGUCCUUCCCCAGUGCCUGAAUUAGUGACUCAAGGCUGCAAAUGCUGAUUCUGUGGACGCAGGGCGAGGUCUGGGAGGAGCAGAGAGAGCUCUCUGGGAGUCACUGAUCCCGUGCGACCUCAGAUAUUUCUUUACCUCCCUCUGAGCCUUGUUUUCCUCCUCGGUAACCUCAGAAGGUUAACGCACACAACAUGCAGAUGACACACUUGCCCACAACUGCCCCUUCCCUCCCACGCCUUCCCUGGAGGGGGAGUGGACGUCCCUGUCCCAGCGAUCUGGGGAUUGAUAGGAGCGCGUUUGCCUAAGGGGAUGGGGUGGAAACGGCAGCCCCCCAGUUUCAAGAUGAGGCACUGGCCUUCUUAGAACUCCUACUCUCUGCCAUGAGAAGAGUUCACCCAGAAGCCACGGGUCUCGACAUCAGAGACACACGGGCAGGCCUGAAGGUGAACAGUCCUAGCCAAGCCUCAAACUUGCAAGAGACAGAUCAAUAUUUGUGGUGGGAAGCUGUGGAGGUUCAGGGGCUGCUGGUGAUAGAUCCACUGCAGUAAGAGCCUAAUGCAGACACCAAUUAUUAGUGCCCAGUGAAUGGCCACCUUGUGCCUCCCACUUUAAAUUGUCCUUUCAUUCAUUCAUCCCGUAACCUGAGGAAGGUGGGCAUUGUUAUUCCUAUUUGACAAUGAAGAAGCUGCAGCUUUGAGACAAGUGACUUGCCCAAGACCCCCAGCUGAGAAGUGGAUUAAACUGCCACAUGUUCCUUUUUGCAGUGCACCCACCGGGUACCAGGUGUCCUUUGAUCAUCUCAUUAAAUCCUCACAGCCUUGCCAGGCAGGAUGUUCUGUUUCCUCCCAUUUCACGUAUGAGGAAGACUGAGGCACAAAGAGAUUGAUUGGGUCAAGGUCAGAGCCAAACAGUCUGUCCCCAAACCUUGCAGCCUUAUUAACUAUACUAAUUACAGCAGGUCUUUGGAGAGUCCCUCCAACUUUAGUAACCCAGCUUUAACAUCUGAAAAAUGGGGAUCACAAAGUAGGUGAAAUGAGCAGGCUCGAAUCUGGACAGCAGGGACCCAGGCCUGUGGGCACAGACUUAUUGCUUUGCUUUCUUUCCUGAAGGUGAUGGGGAGGAGAAUUCAGGGGCCCCAACAGGACUCUUGUAGGUGUACUAGCUAAGCCUUGGCUGUGAAGAGCCCCCUGGCUGUCCUGGGGCCCUGAGUUCUGCCUGGGGAGUGUCAGGAAGAGGCAAGUCACAGGCUGUGAGGAUGCAGAGCCUGCUCAGCUUCCUGGCUAACACUACCUGUUCCAUCAGGUCCGUGUCUUGAUCUGUGCAAUGUGGCUCCAUCUUUGGCUACCAAAGUUCAACUGCUUUAGCUCCAAAUCCUGUCUCUCUCCACCAUCCUUUUGGAAAGCCUCCUGGGAAGCUGCACAUCCUGGUCCCUUGUGCAGACUCCAACCUCUCUUUCCUCUCUGCCUCAUUCAGUAAAUGUUUGCUGAGCACCUACUACAGGCUGCAGGCCAUGCCUUCCCAGAGCUCAUGCACUAGUGGAUGAGAGAGAGCCCUGGCUGGAGAAACCUCGGAGGCUACAGAGGCCAGGAGGGGCCUAACUCAGCCCCGAAACCAGAGGAAGCUUCCUAAGGGAGAAGAUGGCCUACUGCAAAAAAUUAGACUCUUCUCUAGUGAAGCCACUGUGAAUCCAUUUCUGUUCCUAAGUCAAGUACCCUGGGCCAAGAAAGGGCAGUUGCUCUGGGAAGGGAACAGCAUGUGCUAAUCCUCUGUGCACUCCUCAGAGGGAAGCGUUGUUUCCAUUACACAGAAGAGAAAGAUGAGCAUCUCAGAGGAGACCCUGAACAAGGAAUUUGGUAGCAGGAAUAGGAUUAAAGCCCACGGAUUUAUUACCUAUCACAGGGUAACAGGUAUCCCCUGUCGUGGGCUUAAAACACCACCCAUUUAUUAUCUCAGUUUCUUCGCUUCAUGAGCUGCAGUCAAGGUGUUGGUCAGGGGGGGACUCUCUCCCCAGCCUUGAUGAGGUAGAAUCUGCUUUCCAGGUUAGAAGGUUGUUGGCAGAGUUUCAGUUCCUGGAGGACUGAUGGCCUGAACAUCACAUCUCUCGCUGGCUGUCAGCUGGAAGUCACCCUCACCUCCUCGCCCAUCCAGCAUGGCAACUGGCAACUUGCUUCUCAAAGCCAGCAGAAGUCACCACCUUAAGCCACCUUAUUGUGGAAGUGGCAGGCCACCACCUUUGCCUGUUCUGUUCACUAGAAUCACUUGGUACCCAAGUGAGGGGUUCCGGAAGGGCAUCCCAGGCGCACAUCACUGGGAGACGUGGAAGAAGCUGCCCAUCCAGGUCCACUUCACCCCCAAACUGUAUUUUCUGCCACAUCAAGUUUAAUCUGUAGGCAAAACUUUAUGGGUUCUGACAGCACCCCUGGCAAGGGACUGAAGGAGUUUGGGGGACCGCUCACCCACGGUAAUCAAAGGGCAUUGAUACCCUGUUAGCACAGUGACCCACAAAGCCCCUGUCCCCACUUCCGUCACUUACACAUGCAUCUAAAACUCUGAUCACCUCUCGAAUGGUAAAUGGAAGUGAUCUGGAGAUGAAAUAGACCAGAGACCUUCUCUGUCUGGUUACAGAAUAGGAAGUCAGCAAGCACCAUGCUGUGAACUAGCUAUGGGACCAGGCGACAAGGAAGUACAGGCCACCUCUAGGAUCUGAGAUGACAGCCGACAGACCAUUAGGAGAAAAAGGAGGAUCUUAGUUCUACAACCACAAUGAAAUGAAUUCUGCCAAUAUGUGAGCUUGGAAGAGACGUUUGAACACAAAUGGAAACUUCAACCCUGGCUGACACUUAGCUUCAGCCUGGUAAGACCCUGAGUAGAGAAUCCAGCCAAGCUAGGCCCAGACUCCUGACCUAAUAAUGAUGAUAAAUCUGUAUUGUUUGAAGCUACUGAAGUUGUGGCCAAUUUUUUACAAAGUGAUAAAAAACAGUUCACUGGGUUUUAAAGACUCAGUACAAAAAUGAAUAUCUCAUUAAUAAUUAUGAUUUUAUAUUAAAAUUAAAUAUUCCAGAUA